UCGUGAAUUGAUCGAGCUAAAUGUUCUUCAGUGCCUGUUUCGGCCUCUAAGGUUUCGGUUUUAUUUGAUGUAUGUUUAAUAGGCAUAUUUUACAUGCGAAAAAUUGAAUCUUUGAUUAAAAGCUUGUUAAUAGUGUUUAAUGUGCAGUGAGAACCGAAUCCCGCUCCGCGAAUUAUUAUUUUCGGUUUAGUGGUUUUUGCGGCGUUCCGUGAAGCACUUGGUGCUUGACAUCCUGAUGGGAUUUAAUGUGAAAGUUUGUUGUCGAUUGUGUCAGAAAGAUGCCGCAAAUGAUACGGCGACCCACAUCGAUUUACGGCAGCGUCAAGAAGUGGGCGAGCUUAUUGUGGAUUUAUUUGGUGUCGAUAUCAAACGCUCCGAACGAGGAUCCAACUUUAUUUGUGUGACGUGCUAUAAAGAUGUCACCAAUUUGAAGAAACAUAUUGAUGUACAUCGUGCUAAAUCUAAGCUAGUAUCGUUGAAUCAAGCGAUACUCAACUCACAGCUUGAAGCAUUCCCUGAGGAAGAUGAACAUGAGUUGGAAGAUAAUGAAACACGUUUUGAAACAACGGACGGAUAUCGGCCCCCCGCAUCCACACCGGUGGAUAUGCUGCUGUUGGUGGAAGAUUGCAUGCGUAGCAAGCGUUUCCGAGACGCAUUGCAAGAUCCUUUUGAGGUGAAGUCCCUUAUGCUGGUGUCCGGUCCUAUUUACCAGGAAGACACUGACAGCUUUUUGAACAUGUGGCAUCCUAUACAAUUCUUCUGUACCAAAUGUUGUCUGAUGUUCGAUGAUUCUGCAACAAUCGACGCUCACCAUGGGAAGUGUAGAUAUAAAUGUCUGUAUUGCAAAAGAACCUAUACAUUUUUGGAAAGUCACACCAAUCAUGUUUGCCCGAAGAGAGAUCGUUUGACAAAAGCUAAGAAGAGGAAAUACGUUGACGUGACUAUGGAACCUCCUGCAAAACGAGCAAAAGUAACGGAAGAACCUAAUGUAUCCAAUAAUGAGCCUUUGCAUUCAACUACUCCUUCAAAAAGUCCAGAAAAGAAUGGUAUACAAGUUUUAACCUUGCCAGAUUUACUGCCUGCACCCGUUGUUGUUCCUCACAUUGAAGGAGAAGCCAAUCUCGACGCAGAAUUAUCGAAUUUACUGGAACGUUGGUAUGGCCAGAACGAGGAUAUUGAAGAGCUCAAUCAUACUAACUUGGGAGCAAUCCAGAUCUCUAAUGAAAAUGGUGUUAUUACUAAUUCAGAAUUCUACGGUCGUGUCAUUGAUACGACCUAUAGAAAUACUACUACCAUUCAAAGACCAGCUAUUUCAGUAAAACCAAUAAGCCAACUGAUUGAUUCGUCAACUGAGAAAACUACCGCUAGUACGCAAUCCUCUUCGGAUCCAUCCAUGGAAGUCAUAGAAAUUGAUGAUGACGACGACGUAGCCGUUGGACAAGCAAUUGUUCCUACUGUCAGUGCUCCACUGUUAAAUAGACCAGACCAGCCAGCAUUGAGCGAGUCAGAUAUUUUGAAUAUUGUAAAACAUUUUCGAGGAAUUGACGAAAACGAGUCAUAUCUCAUUAAGGCAAAAAUAAAUGGCGCUCAAAAACUGAUCUGCAUUAGCAAACGUAAAGGCGAAGGAAGUGGUACACAAACUCCCAACACGGCUACAGUUGUGAACAAUAAUUCGGCGCUGCAAUCUAUUAGUCGGAGGCCCGAACAGAGGCCGAUGGUGGUAGCACCAAGACCUCAGUCUAAGGCGGUGAAUUCUACCGUACCACAAAUAUCUUCAACGGCUGCAAAGCCAUCACUUUCAGUGAAAAACGUUUCCGACAUCAAUGGAGUGCAGAACUCAAUUCAGGCCCCGAGAGCUGCUUCAAUUCCUCAACUCAAGAUAGCACAUGUACAAUCGUUGGUAGAACAGCCACAAGCGUCGCAAGGUACCCAGCAAGUUCAUAGACUACCCAAUGGAAAACAAGUGAUGACCGUAACACAACCGAUAAACCGCCAAACACCUACCGGUGGCAAUCCUAAGAUAGUGACAAUUCCUAAAAGGACGCCGAUGCCGGUUAGAUCCGGAUCCAAUAAUCAACAAUCCACCAGCGGCGGUGAUUCUCGAAGAAUCGUUGUCGGAAGUAACUCCCUAAAGUUACUAAACACAUCAAAACCAUCGACACCGAACGCGACUAAAUCAAUAGUAACAUCAAAUAAUCUUUCGAAUUCCACAACAUCCCAGCAACGGUUCAUUGUGCAGAGAAAGCAGGUUCAAACAAUUAUUCAAUCUUCGGUUAGUCGCACAUCUACUGGAGCAGUCAGUAGUAUCCAAAGCGUAACUGAUAGUAACAAUGGACCUGCCAACUCACUGCUACGCUCACAGUUAUUACAAAGACCACCUAGGAUUUAUCCGGGAUCAGCUGGACCAGCGCCGCACAGUGAUGGUGUAUCGGUUGCUCAGCCGAAGAUUGUGGCCACCGGCGGAAAAGUAAUGUCUGUCAGUCCUUCUGGUAGGCAGUUCCAGCUAAACAGCACGACUAUUACACGGCUGAAUUAAUCUUCCGUACGUAAGCGUAACAUUCUGCGGCAUAUUAUUGGAUUAAUGUUUAAGAUGCAUCGAACGAGAAAUAUUUGCUUUCUAAUAAAGUAUUAGAAUAUACAGGUUUUGUUGUGAUUUAACAU